AUGAUUGGCUUGGACUUGUGGAGCCCAUUAAAAGCAGGUGCGUGUUCGGCGCGCGCACAUGAGUCUUGGCCUGGGUGCGGUGGUCGCACGUUUGGUGACCGUCAGCUUUACCUGGUUGGAGGCCGCUGGAGCGCGUGGGAGAAGCGCUUUGGCUUUUGCCGCGAGUUUGGGUGCUCCACAAUCGAGACCCUGAGCUGCAGCUGGGACAAGUCUGGUAUCCAUACCGGCUCUCCCCCUCCUCCCACUGGCCGUGAGUGCGUGCCUUUCACUGGCAGAUUUGUGCCUGUCCUUCAGGCUCUCUCCACGUGUGGUCUAUACCAGGGCUACCACUCUGAAAGGCAGCCGCUGUUCUGUCCACCUCUGUCUCGCAUGUCUCUGGAGACGCUGGAGCGCGCUCACGUGUGGCCUCCUGGCUCGGAUCACACCGCUGCAGCGUGCAUGAGCGCUGGAGUACUCUAG